UAAAACCCCAGAGUUCACUAUUCUAACUUCAAUGGGUAAAUUAGAUAUUAGAAUGAAUUAAAUCAGCCACGUGUUCAAGAAUCCAUUUAUAUCCAAAAAAGCACCGCAUCCAUUUAUAUCCGAAAUUACAAUAUCUAGUUAACAAAUUCUUGUCCCUCGAAAUUACCCAUCUCACACGAGUACGAAGCACAGCCGUUGGAUGGGGAUAUCCUUUGACCAAUCCUCACCGUCAAAUCAAAACCUUGGUGCCACAACAUAACACAACACACCAACCUACCUUGUUUAUCUUCGCUCGGUGUUAUUUCAGGGAAAAACAGAUAUUAUUAUACACGCAGAUAUACUUACACUAGACGACGCGCCGUAACUAGGGUUUCAGUUUCUUUGGGGGGAGCCCGAAGCUGAUGCUGCAUUCGAUUUCUAGUUUCUUGAGAGAGGAAUAAUGGAGAAGGAGCUGUGUGAACUUUUUGAAUCGGUGAAGAGUGCUGCAGAUGGGGCUGAGAACUCACCGAGCGAAGAGGAACGGUGCCUUGAUGAGUUAAAGCAGCUCAAGAAGUUCCCUGUCAAUUAUCAAGUCCUUGUUUCCAGUCAGGUUGGCAAACGGCUCCGCCAACUGACAAAACACAGAAGCGAGAAGAUCAAGGCAUUGGCUUCCGAUGUGGUCGAUAUGUGGAAAAACAUAAUCGUUAAAGAAACAAUGAAAAACAAGAAAAACGAGGCCGCCGAGAAUGGCAACUCAGUGAAAGCCGAAACUACCGGUUCAGAAACUAAUGGGGCGAAGAAUCUCCAGAGAUCAAACUCCAUCAAGGGCGAGACCAAUCCCGCAGCCAAGAAAUUGAAGGUGGAGACAAAACCCGCCAAGUUGGAAGUUUCCACCAGCCUCAAAAUUGAGAAAACAGAAGUCAUUCAGACAACCAAGAACUCCACCGGAAAGCAGUUGCACGUCGAGACAAAAGUCAAAGUGGAGAAAACAACUUCAGUGGGACCACCGAAACUGACGUCUCUAGUCUACUGUAAAGAUCCUAUACGAGACAAACUCCGUGAGCUUCUCGCAGAAGCUCUCUGCAAAGUCCUAACCGAGGUAGAAGAUGACAAUUUAAAACAGAGGGUGAAUGAAUGCGAUCCUUACCGAGUUGCUGUCAUAGUCGAGACAGCAAUGUUCGAAAAGUGGGGCAAAUCAAACGGGGCCCAGAAGUUCAAGUACAGGUCAGUGAUGUUCAAUAUUAAGGACCCGAAUAAUCGGGAUUUUCGGAGGAAAGUGCUGCUCGGGGAUAUUGAGCCGAGGGACAUUCUUGAACUGACACCGGAGGAAAUGGCGAGCGACGAAAGACAGGUGGAAAAUGAGAAGCUCAAACAGAAGGCGUUGUUUAAUAGUGAGAGAGCGGCGGCUCCAAAGGCGAGUACUGAUCAGUUCACGUGCGGUAGGUGUAAGAAGAAGGAAACAACUUACUAUCAGAUGCAGACUAGGAGUGCUGAUGAGCCUAUGACAACCUAUGUAACCUGUGUCAACUGUGGUAACCACUGGAAGUUCUGUUGAUUUGAUUCAUAUCAACCAAUUGUUUGUAGUUUACAUGUGGCGGGAGAUGAUUGGUUCUGGUAAGACCCCCCUCCCCCACACCACCUAUGUCUUGAUUGGUUCAUUGUUUUAUGUUGGUGUAGUUUAUUUUAGGACUCCAGAUUUGAUGAGUAGAGCUAAUAUUUGUUUUAGGAGUUGUUGCUAUAACAAGUUUAGGUAUUGAAACACUGGUAGUAUUUUUGUUUUUCGAAUUCUUAAUCGGUACUCUGUUUCAAGUUUCUGUUGUGCUGUUUUCACAAAUAUUAUGUUCUUGAUUAGAUAUUGGUAGAAUCAGAGAGAAUGGAGAAGUUUCGAUA